GGCUGUUACCUUCAUAUCAAGCAAUCACGUGGAGUAUCCUGACGUCGUAAAAUGCAGGAUUGAAAUAUUGCGCUUGAAAUCCUUCAAUACUGUACUGGUAGAUACUGUUUGGCGGUGUCAAUGUCUAUAUAAGAUCGGUUAUUAUACAUGUCAACGUGUCUCUUUCAUUGGAUAUAAUGCAUGUUUGUCACCAAGGUGAUCAAUGCGUAUGGCAUGCGGAUAGACGAAUACGAUCUUGAAUGAUGUGCAGAACAGUGUAUUCAACACGGGGAACGUAUGAUUCAGUUUCACACAGCCAUUAUUCACUGUCCAAUACAAGGAUUCCCCGUUCACUUAAUAGUGGAUCUCCGAAUACAUACAUACCCCAUCUGGCGUUGGUGGUUGGAGUAAACGACACAUUCGUGAUGUUUCGCCAACUUAAAGCGUCUCUCAUGAGAAAGGUUCUAAACGUGACCCACUGGGUCAUGAAGAAAGGGGUACGAUGUUUCCUGUUGUUCCUGGUAACUGCUUCCGUUAUCACCGUCGUCAGUUUCAGUUACCCCUCCAUGCAGUCAGUCCUCCCAUAUGCCAACAUCAGACGUCAUUUUGCCGGAGGCAGCUUGAACGACACAUGGUAUGACGAGACAACAUACACCUCCGUCUCCGCUGCCACCCGCACAGCUGCUAAGACCGCUACAUCAAAGGAGACAACAUACACCUCCGUCUCCGCUGCCACCCGCACAGCUGCUAAGACCGCUACAUCAAAGGAGACAACAUACACCUCCGUCUCCGCUGCCACCCGCACAGCUGCUAAGACCGCUACAUCAAAGGAGACAACAUACACCUCCGUCUCCGCUGCCACCCGCACAGCUGCUAAGACCGCUACAUCCAACGAGACAGCUUCACCCAAAGAGGCAGCUACAAUCAAUGAUGCAGCUACAAUCAAGCAGACCUCUACAACGGCAGCAUCAAAGCCUCUGCCUCCCCCUCAGAGACCGCCAUGCAACCCGGGAACGAUUCCACAUAAGAAAUUCCUGACAUACAACAACUCGCACCCUCUGGACGUCACAGUUGUCACUGCCUAUUUCAACCUUGGGCGAUUCAGGAAAGGCAGUGGAUUGUUCUUCGACACUCAGUUGUACAUGUCGUGGUCAGGAGUGUUCAAACAUCUACGGAAUCCUUUCGUCUUUUACACAGACUCGGAGGACAUUGCUAAGCAGUUUCAACAGAUGCGAAUCGGGAAGGAAGGAAUAACCAAGAUUGUCUUGGUCGACAGAAAGAAUCUGUGGGCGUUCGGAUGGGUAGAUAGGAUCAAGAAAAUCUAUUCCAACCCAGGAUAUCCAAAGUUCCACCCAAACACCGUAGUGCCUGAAUACUCCUGUGCUCAACACGCGAAAUAUGAGUCUGUGGAGGCAGCAGUCAAAAGUAAUUAUUUCAAUACCACUUAUUACACUUGGAUCGAUAUCGGCUAUUUCCGAUACAUCUUGAAACGGGGUAAAGAGUUUGUUAUCGUGAAACCCCAAGGUUUUAACGAGUCUCGUGUGGCCAUGAACAAAGUGAACGACGUGAAUAUGGACACGUCCCCUGAGACUGUUUUCAAAGGAAACCAUGUCUGGCUUGGUGGCGGGAUGCUCUUCGGGUCAAAGUUCACACUUCCAAUCUUUAUAGCAGACUAUCGACAAGCCGUCCAACACUAUCUCGACAUGUCUUUAAGCAGUACAGACCAACAGGUCAUUUUUUCUAUGAACACUAACAAGGAAAAGCUUAUUGUUAAACAAAGAGUGACUAUUCAGCAAUAUGUAGCCGACGUACCCGGAGACUGCUGGUUCUAUCUUGGAUAUGCUUGUUACAGAGAAUUGGUAGAGUGACGUGCAAUAAGCCAUGUUUAUUUUGAUUUCUUGUGUAUGUAUGUAUGUAUGUAUGUAUGUAUGUAUGUAUGUGUGUGUGUGUGUGUGUGUGUGU